AACAUGAACACCAAACAUUGAGCCGUACAUGUCAUAUCGACACAGCUACGAAACAUACUAGGGUCGAGUUUAUUGAGGCCAAGUACGAGUGAACUUCGCGCUUAGUGAACCAUGACCUUUCAGACACAGUGUAGGUGCAUUGGCCCACAGUCGGCUAGUCUGUAUUUCACUGGCUAGUGCAUAAGCUCCCGUUGUACAAGCUACUAGGAAAUGGAUCUUCCAAAGCCAGUCCGUUUGAAAGAUUUUGAACCAUUCGCACGGCGAUCUUUGCCGGCAACAGUCUAUGAAUACUACAGGAGCGGCGCCUAUCCCGAGCAGACACUGAGGGAUAAUGAACACGCGUUCCAAAGAUACCGACUGAGGCCUGGCCCCCUUCGUGAUGUGUCCAUUCGGGACUUCCGAACCACCUUGCUGGGCCAUGAAAUUGCCUUCCCUGUUGCCAUAGCACCGACUGCGUUGCACCGCUUAGCACACAGUGAUGGAGAGCUGGCAACAGUCCGAGCUGCAACCUCCAUGGGAACUGGUAUGGUAUUGAGCACCUAUACGUCUACCCCUAUGGAGGACGUGGCCGCAGCGGCGUCUCCAAAUAGCCUGCUCUGGGCUCAACUCACUGCCUACACGGACGAAGAAGCAGUGCGCCGGAUGAUAAGGAAGGCAGAGCAGAACGGCUUCAAAGCCAUCGUUGUCUCGCUGGAUGCGAAGAUGUCCAAGAGGAAAGCGGGGGCAGAUUUGAUUCCGCCCCACGUCAAAUUCGCAAAUUUUGAAGGAGCACGCAGUCAGUCGUUCACAACUGUUGAAAGGAACGCUAACCCUAAGCUGACUUGGGAUGAGAUUGACUGGUUGAGCAACCUGACAACACUGCCGAUCGUACUGAAGGGGGUCAUGUCAGGACUGACUGCGCGUAAAGCUAUGAAACACAGAGUGGCCGGACUUUGGGUCUCUAAUCAUGGUGGGCGUUCUCUAGAUGGCUCUUUAGCAACGAUAGACGUGUUAUCCGAAGUGGUCGAGGCAGCCCGUGGCUCCAACAUGGAGGUGUACCUCGACGGUGGCGUACGGACAGGCAACGAUGUGCUGAAGGCUUUGGCCAUGGGAGCAAGAGCUGUCUUCAUCGGUCGACCAGUGCUCUGGGGACUCGCCUAUAAUGGACAAGAAGGAGUGAAGAAAGUCCUGGAGAUUAUAAGAGACGAAUUCAGUCAUGCACUGGGACUGGCAGAAUGUGCCAGUCCAUCUGAUAUCUCACAGAGUCUGGUGGUGAGGGAUCCGUUCCAUACUGCAAAGCUCUAAUUCUUCAUGUUCGCUACCAGGUAAAGAAUAGCCACAACAGUGACUUUAAAGGCACAUAGGAUCUGGUAACAUCAGUGAUUACCUGUAUUACGGAUUUAAUGAGUUACCCUUGCUAAAACUGAAAUAAUAUUCUGUAUCUUUAAAGUUAUCUCCCCUGUGUUAUUUUUGAGUUAAAUCCUGAUAAAUAAGCAAAAACAAAUAUUUGAUUUGUAAUUUCUCUAAUUUUUCCAGGGUUGCAAUAGUUAUUUACUUUGGAAUGGGACAGCCAAAGAAAAAAAAAUGCCCACGUUUAAUUCAAAAUGGAUCAUUUUUUUUUACAAAUUUGAAUUAUAUGCAGCUUUAGAGACACAAAAGCAACCCUAAUUAUGCCAUUUUGUCAGAGGGUUUGUAGAAGCCGAAAUAAAAAACUAAUUGUUAUUUUUGCAAUUUUUAACAUACAAAAUUUAAACUUUAAUAAGAGAAAAAAAGAUCUAAUUUGUGAAAGUAACUUAAACACUAUCAAUUUAGCUGUUGCUUGACACAUACAAAAUGUACUUAUUUUAUUGUUUUAUUACUCCCCACUUCCAUGUAUGUACAUUCCGGUGUCAUGUGAAAUUUGGAUUGUCUAUAAAAUACGGAUUUUGUUGUAUUGCGCAUGUUAAAGAGACCAGAUAUCAUAGGAGUCAACAUUUCAUAUGACACUGGCUUUUCCGACUGUGUUUUUGAGUCAGAAUUUAAUAUCAGCGUUUUCAACAUCAGUAUUAAGAAUAUAAUAUAUUUGAAAGAUUGAUCAUAUCAUUUGCAGUUAUUGGCAGUUUUUGUUUUUUUGUUAUUUCCAACUGCAUUAUCAUUCGUGGUGUAUUAUCUGUAUAUACUGUAAGGACAAAAUUGCACAAUUACAGUAUGUAACUGUUAAAAAAUAGUGUAUUCUUAAUGUACAUUUCAUAAAUUUCAUAAUGAGCUUUUCUAAAACUUGACAUGUACUUUGAAACAUGUGAUUAAGAUUUGUUUUAAGAACUGCAUCUUCUAUAACACAUUUACGACAUCAGUGACAAUUUGGAAUUAGACUUUUGGAAAAGUCUUGACAUUUCUGAAGAAUGGUUGCGUCUCAAUAGGGCUUGGGACAUAAACUCUAUUUUAGAAAUAUUUUCAGUAUUCUACAACAGGAAAACCAAAAUUAAUACAAUUUCUGCAAACUGCUUACUGACUCAAUUGACCUGAAAUACACAAAUCAACAAAGGUCCUGCUAAGGAUCGAAAUGUAAAACCAUCUAAAUGUUGUUAAUUGGUUAAAAAAAAAAAGGAGAUAAUAAUAAAAAGAAGUAACUAAAUAAUUUAAUAAUUAAAACAUUGAAAAGUAACUGUUCUUAUGAAUUCAACCCUGAAAUAAGUUCCGUUGCCUUGCAAAAUAUAUAGUUUGAUAACUUU